UUUUUCAAUGCCAGAGCUGGCUUUCCGGUGCAAAAUCGUCGGCGUGGAGUUGUCUUGAGUAGCUCGUAUGGAGUGACGGAUGGCGUCCUACCAUUGGCCAGGUGUGGUCGACCGGUCGCGGUCUAGACUCCUCGUAGGUCCGCAGGGCCGCUAUUAAACAGGAUCCGGCAAGAGAACACUCAUUCAUUUCCUCGCUCUAAUCCUAGUCGAGAAGAACAUCGCACCUGCCUGUAUCAUGUCUGGACGUGGCAAAGGAGGCAAGGGUCUCGGAAAGGGAGGCGCCAAGCGUCACCGUAAGGUGCUUCGCGACAACAUCCAGGGCAUCACCAAGCCCGCCAUCCGUCGUCUGGCUCGCCGAGGCGGCGUCAAGCGCAUCUCCGGCCUCAUCUACGAGGAGACCCGAGGUGUUCUCAAGGUCUUCCUGGAAAACGUGAUCCGCGACGCAGUGACCUACACCGAGCAUGCCAAGCGCAAGACCGUCACAGCCAUGGACGUUGUCUACGCUCUCAAACGCCAAGGCCGCACCCUCUACGGCUUCGGUGGCUAAAUGAUCCGACUGACUUAUCAUCGCAAGCAAACCCCGGCCCUUUUCAGGGCCACCCAAAAGUCUAAGAAAGAGCUGUAUUUUUCUCACAACAAUCACGACCUUACACAUGUACACAGCCGACUCUCUCUGAUAAAGAAUGAGCAUAUAAGAUACAUUCUUUCAAAACCCAAGCAAUCACACCUGUUUGUGCUCACGUACGAUUGUAGUUCUCAAUAAUCGUUUGCGUUUGUUUAUUAGUUGUCUUGAUUCUGUGUGUUUGUAUGUGUUUUUAAUGAUGGGUGCGUAUGAAUGGUGUUUUCUUUUGCUGAUGUUUUGGUCUUUGGUGCUUUUCU